AUGGAGUGGUCCAAGCAGACAUACAACUCUCAGUACGAGAAGUGGGUGCCCUGGGCAGAGGAUCUCUACCUGAGGUGGUUCACCAACGACAACAAGACAUCCUAUGCCGCUAAGCAGAACCUCGACAAGACCAAGGUCACCGGUAUCUCCCAGGUCGACACCCUGCAGGACGGCGUGCACGGCCUCGUCGCCGGCCAGGUCGGCCAAGGCGGUCUCCUCCAGCCCGUCGGCGAUCUCGUCUCCAAGGAGGGCGUCAACCGUGCCGAGCGCCAGGGCAGGGACGAUAAGGGCAACUACGCCGACAGCAGCAUCCCCGGCGCCGGCGUCGCCAACAGCGCGGCUACAGGCCUCGUCGACGGCGGCAAGGCCGUCGGCGGUGGCCUCACCAGCGGCGUCAAGGGUGCUGGCGGUUACGUCGGCGGCCUCUUCGGCGGCGGCAAGAAGCCGGAGGAGGAGCAGCAGCAGCAGCAGAAGAAGUAG